GUUUUGCAAAGCAUUACAAGCCGCAGACAGUAGACAACAGACAUCACACAUCAGACGGUGGAUUCCAUUCCCCUGGGCAGAAUUCAAGUUUAAGCCCGGCUCAAACCACUCGACCACUCAGUUCAAAACGAAAUCGCGACGCGACAACAACGGCCGCUCGGACUAGAGGAAUAUAAAAUAUAUAUAAAAACAAAGCAAUCAAAAACGGAAAGCAUCUAGGUGCCGCAGAAUGUUCGUCUUACUUGUAGUGCUCUGUCUGCUGCAGACAGCUAGCUUGGUGCCAGCCCAGCUGAUUACACUGCGCGAUGGCAAGGUGGGCGUGAAUUUUGCAGGAUAUCACGCGGACGCAGGACUCGGAGGACUCCUAACGGGCAACUCUGCCCACGGCGGACUCAGCGCCUCGGCCGGAACUCCAUGGGGUUCCCGGGCAGCCGCGGGUCUGGGCGGCAAUCUGGAUGGAAGAGCCGCCGGCGUGGGCUAUGCCGCCGCCCAGGCCAAUCCUUCCGUGGGGGCCAGUGCUCUUCUGGGUGGUAGCGCCGGGGAACAUGGCUAUAUCGGUGCCGAGGCCCACAGUCCGGGAAGAAGUGUGAUCUCCUCGUCCUCCUCUAAUCACGGAGUCCAGCCUGCUUAUCCUGAAAAUCCUGUGCCCGCUUCACCCACUUCUGGUCCUGUCGUCACCAGCCACAUCCAAAGGGUCAAGCCCCCCAAGAAGUACUCGCUGAUCAAACAAGAUCCGGACCGCAGCGAAAUCAUUGAAAAUCAUGUUAAAGCGGCCGCAGAUUCCGAUGCCGAUGCGGUGGAUAAACACCAGCCCUUGGCUUUUCCGGCAUUUCCAGCUGCCCCGCCCACUGCGUUGGUAAUUGUCAAGCGACCACGCCCACAUGCAAAGCGACAACGUCAGCGGCAACGUGUCGUAUACGUGAUGCAGCAGCAGCAGCAGCAGCCGCAGGAGCAACAAAUUCCACAGGAGGCUGCCCAAAAGGACGAGCCCCAGUCGACCGUUGAGGUGAAGAGCGAGGCCAAGGCCGUCCAUGUCCACAAGUACAAGUCCGUCCAGCGACCUCAGGCCGUGAACAAUCGCUUCCUGGCACCCCAAGCCCAAGGACCCGUGGGUCUGGCCCUCGAUAUUCCUAUUGGCAUUCUGCGAUCCCUGCAGCAAUCUUUGGGCGCUUUAGCCGGUGGAGUAGUACCUGCAGUUGCAGGUGCAGCUGCUGGAGCAGGUGUAGGUGGAGGUGUAGGUGGAGGAGCAGGUGGAGGAGCAGGUGCAAAUGCAGGAGCAGGUGCAGGUGCAGGUGCAGGUGCAGUCCCCAACGCUCACUAGGCUCAACAAAUAACUAGAAAUAUAGUUUCAAUAUAUUUAAGACCCCCUUAAUGCAUAUAACACCCAAUCAAUAAAGCAUUUAAGCAAAAGACAAAACAAA